GUUCUGAAACUCCCUCUCAGUCACGCACUAUUCAUGACUCUCUAUAAUCCUCGUCUUCUCCAUGGACCAUGGAAAACCCUGCAGAAACACUCCCCGACCCCCAAAUCAACGGCCCAGAUCCCCCGAACGACCCAGAAACCUCCGAACCCGAUCAUGUACUUCUCGCCGAGCUCGAGUCCCUCUGCCAGUUGCACCAGAGCCUGCUAUCGAAGGCGGCGGCGAUGGAGGAAGAGUCUAAUAACAUCCGGCAGAAGAGAGAUGACGCCCUGGAUCGCAACGCCGAGCUAAGUAAAGUCGUCGGAGAAAUUUCCGGCGAGAGAGACUCUCUUCGCGGCGAAAUUCAGAAGCUCGAAGAUUUUCUGAGAAAAAAGGAAGACGGGUUUGCUUCCAAAUUGGAGGAGGAGUUGAAGACGAAGGAGGCGAUUGAAGACGAGGUGCGAGUUUGUCGGGAGACGAUUGAAAGGUUGGAGCUUGAGAGAAAAGAGAGAGAUGGGUUUUUGAUGAAGUGCUUGGAUUCGCUCCGAUCGACCAAGGAGGGCUUUAUCGGAAUAAUGGACGGCGUCAGCGACGAGAAGGCUGAGAAUGGAGCUGAACAAGCUGAGGGGACGGGUGCGGAAUCGGAAUUCGACCCAGAAUGGAGGGCGGUUUGGGAGGAAAUUGAGGCGGUUGCGAGGCUGGCGGCUUCGGCGGAAGAGAACGUGAAUGGGUAUAAAGAGUUGAGGAAGAAGGAGAAGAAGGAGUUGGAGAAAAGCGUGGUGAGUCUGACAGAGGAGAAUAGGGAUAUCAGCAGUUUGCUGAGGGUUGCUCUGGUGGAGAAGGAGGCGGUGGAGAAGAAGUUGAAAGGAAACAGCGAGCAGAAGCAGGUGGCGCUUUUGCAGAUUGCGGAGAGGGGUUUGCAGAGAGUUGGGUUUGGGUUUAUGAUGGGAAGUGGGGGCAAUGAGCAGUCGCUGGAGAGUUCCGCCGGAAGUAAAUCAGAUAGUAGUGACUUUGAAGAGGGGGUUAUCAGUCUGGCAUCAACUGUAGAGAAGAUAAUGAAGAACCUGCGGCUUGAGAUCACUCAGCUGAGAAGAUCUCUGGAAGAAUCUAGGUCAGACACUGAGCGCUUACAGAGUCUUACGGAGAAGCAAGCUCAAGAAAUUUCGGAAAACAUGCAGUACAUCAAGGAGUUAGAAGAUAGAGAGAGGGCGUUAACUCAAAAUGUUGAAGAACUCGUGGUCGAAACAAAGGAAAGUGAAGCAGAGGUUGUUAGAUGGAGAGAAGCUUGCGAGCUAGAAGUUGAAGCCGGGAAAACUGAGAUAGGAGAAUGUGAGAAAGUGAUCGCCAUUCUGAAGCAAGAAUUGGAGAAGACAAGGGCGGCUUUGGACGUGUCAAAUGGCAAACUGAAGCUGAAAGACGAACUUGCAGCAACCGCUAUGGCUGCACAAGCAGCAGCAGAGAGGUCCCUGCAGCUGACCGACAGCAGGACAUCAGGACUGCGGAAGCGUAUAGAAGAACUAUCAAAACAAGUAGAAGAAGCAGAGAGCAGAGAGCGCAGUAACCAAAGGGUGAGACGCAUAUGUUGGCCAUGGCGACCCCUCAAAGCUGCCAACAAUGCACAAAACAGGAUCGGGCCUGUAAGACGGUUGCUACCAGAGAUGCAAGCCUUGCUUCACUCCAGCGGGUGAUAAAUCAGUUACUUUUCGGUUCAAAUCAGUUGUAUUUGUUUGAAUCAGUUUCUUCGUUUAGUUUUAAGAUGUAAAUAAACAAUUGCUCGAGCACAGUUACAAUGUGCAAUGUUAAAGUAACUUACCAAGA